AUGCUUUGUGGGCCUUUGGAAUCUAAGGCAACAUAUGCUACUCGUGGGAACAAUGCUCUGACUCACAAAAGGCUCUCAGCUUUGAGUGCUACCCAGAAUAAGGCAAAAUUAUGUACAGAUCCAGACUCAGUGAGAGCUGCUCGGCACUUGGGCCAUUUGCCUCAAGAUCUGAGAGUGCUCGGGUUAUCCAUGGUGGUUAAAUAUGCAAGCACCAAGGACAUACUGUAUAGCACAUGGAACCACGACAUCCGCAUCUACCCCACCUUCCUGCACCUCCACGGCAAGACCUUCGACUACAAGAUCCCCUACACCACGGUGCUGCGGCUCUUCCUGCUGCCCCACAAGGACCAGCGCCAGAUGUUCUUUGUGAUCAGCCUGGACCCCCGCAUCAAGCAGGGUCAGACUCGCUACCACUUGCUCAUCCUGCUCUUCUCCAAGGAUGAGGACAUCUCCCUGACGCUCAACAUGAACGGAGAGGUGGAGAAGCCCUUUGAGGGGCUGCUCACCAAGAACAUGUCGGGAUCCCUCUACGAGAUGGUCAGCCGGGUCAUGAAAGCGCUGGUGAACCACAAGAUCCCGGUCCCAGGCAACUUCCAAGGGCACUCGGGGGCCCAGUGCAUCACCUGCUCCUACAAAGCCAGCUCAGGGCUGCUGUACCCUUUGGAGCGGGGCUUCAUCUACGUCCACAAGCCGCCCGUGCACAUCCGCUUCGACGAGAUCUCCCUUGUCAACUUCGCCCGCGGGACCACCACCACGCGUUCCUUUGACUUUGAAAUUGAGACCAAGCAGGGCACCCAGUAUACCUUCAGCAGCAUUGAGAGGGAGGAGUACGGCAAGCUGUUCGACUUUGUCAACGCCAAGAAGCUCAACAUCAAAAAGCGAGGGCUAAAAGAGGGCAUGAACCCCAGCUACGACGAAUACGCCAACUCCGACGAAGACCAGCACGACGCCUACCUGGAAUGGAUGAAGGGGGAGGGCAAGAUCCGUGAGGAGAACGCCAACGACAGCAGCGAUGACUCGGGAGAGGAGACCGAUGAGUCCUUCAACCCGGGUGAAGAGGAGGAGGAUGUGGCAGAGGAGUUUGACAGCAACGCCUCUGCCAACUCCUCCAGUAACGAGGGCAACAGCGACCAGGAAGAAAAGAAACGGAAGCAGCUUGAAAAGGCCAAGAUGGCCAAGGACCACAAGAGCCGCAAGAAGCCCCUGGAGGUAAAGAAGGGCAAGGACCCCAACGCCCCCAAGAGGCCCAUGUCCGCCUACAUGCUGUGGCAGAACGCCAGCCGGGAGAAGAUCAAGUCGGACCAUCCAGGCAUCAGCAUCACGGGCCUCUCCAAGAAGGUGGGUGAGAUCUGGAAGGGAAUGUCCAAGGAGAAGAAGGAGGAGUGGGAUUGCAAGGCUGAGGAUGCCAGGAGGGAAUAUGAAAAAGCCAUGAAGGAAUAUGAAGGCGGCCGUGGAGAGUCCUCCAAGAGGGACAAGUCCAAGAAGAAGAAGAAAGUCAAAGUGAAGAUGGAGAAGAAAUCCACACCCUCCCAGGGCUCAUCAUCGAAGUCUUCAUCAAGGCAGCUGAGCGAGAGCUUCAAGAGCAAAGAGUUUGUGUCCAGUGACGAGAGCUCUUCCGGAGAAAACAGGCAAAAGAAGAGAAGGCGGAGUGAGGACUCCGAAGAAGAGGAACUAGCCAGUACUCCACCCAGCUCAGAAGACUCGGCAUCAGGGUCUGAUGAAUAGAGAAGAAGAUUGUGUCUCCUGGGGCUUGCCCCGUCCCAGCCCCAGUCUCCCCAUCCGUGUUUUGGUACCUGUUUUCUCCUAUGAAAUACAGUCCUG